AUGACCAGUGUUGAAAAGCGUAAGAAUGCAAAACUCUUGGACGACUUUUUAGCCGGUUGGUUGGAACAGCCGGGCAACUAUGCACGAUUCGCGAGGGCUAACGGCAGAGAUGGACGUGAACGCAGAGGAGAUAUUGGAGACGAGAUAUAUAAAGCAUAUCGCGAGACUGGAGGGACGCAGCAUAAUCGUACCGUCAAGGCCAGGAUAUGGAAAUUGGCACAGCAAUUCCGCAAAGCUCAUGAUUUAGCAUGUAACGGAGCUACAAGAGAAGAGGUGCGCAAAGCAUGUCGAUAUUACUAUCAGCUUGUGGAGCAUAUUGGAGAAGACAGCAAUGUCCCGAUUUACUAUCAGUAUCCAGGACGACCCGGCAGCACUGAAAUCGAGAGGGAUGAUCCUCAAAAAAAGCCACUCACAGAUGCAAUGAAGCAGCAACUCAAUGACGAUCAUUGUCAGGACAUGAUGAAAAUGGUGGAUGAAAUGGCUCUGCGACAACGACAACAGCAUGAACAAGUGAUGCAUCUUCUUGAUCAACGCCAAGAAUUGCUGGAUCGGCAAUCCGAGCGUGCUCGUUUGAUGGAAAUGCAAAUUGAAGCUUCUAUGGUACUUUCGGUGAUCGAACGAUUGAGGAAUGUAGGGUUCUCAGAGGAUGAAAUAUCGUUGCAUAUCCAACUUCUUCAACCACUCUACACCUUUCACACUCAAAUGAUGAAUCAACAACAACAACAACAAUCGUCAUCUUGA